GGUUGCAGGUAUAAAACUGGCUGAUGUAUUUGGGCCACGUCGAGUUGCUGCAACAAAAAGAAACCAUAAAAAGAAGAUGAAUCUUCUGCUUCUGACUGUGAUUUUGGGGCUUGCUGGAGCAUUACCCCUGAAGGAAAGCAAAGAGUGCAGACCUCACUCCCGACCGUGGCAUGUCCUUCUGCGUGGUGACAAGAAAUCAUGCAGUGGAGCUCUCAUUGAUCAAAGAUGGAUAGUUACCUCCUAUGACUGUGCCACCACUCCCUACACCACGAUUGCAACUCUGGGGGAGCAUGAUCUGACGGUGGAGGAAGCAACAGAGCAGCACAUCGUUGUUUCUGAUGUGAUCCAACACGAGCCUUACCGCUCACCUCUCCACAGCCUCACCCUGAUGAGGCUGAGCGAGCCCGUCCGCCUCACGCCAUACGUGCAGCCCAUUCCACUGCCCAGCCGCUGUGCCCUGCCUGGAGAGAUCUGCUCUGUCAGUGGUUGGGGCAGCACUAACUCAAGUCACUCAAACAACAGUCCACGGCUGAAGUGCAUCACUGUCCCUGUUGUGGAUGAUCAGACUUGUGUGGAAACCUUUCCGGAGUACCUGUACUGGGGUAACAUGGUGUGUGCAGGCCAAAAUGAUACGGAUAACUGCCUGAGUGACACAAGCACUGUGAUGGUGUGUGAUGGGCAGCUCCAGGGUCUGAAAUGGUUCGACCACGGCUGCAGAGACCCGGCUCACCCUACAGUCUAUACCGAGAUGUGCAAGUACAAUGGAUGGAUCAAAAGCAUGAUGGAAAACUAUGCUCCGACUUUUACAACCACACUGAAGACCACAUUAAGCUCCCAAAAAGCACAUGGGCAUUAAGUACAAAUCAAGACUUUACUGCGAUUAUUAAAGCUAUUAAAUAAUAUUAAUAAUAAUAAUGUGCUUAACAGUCUUGCCUUUGUCUUUCAUUCAGCACAAACUGUGUAAUGGGAAAAAGAAGAGGACAGUAAGAAAGUGUGCAAUUGGUCAAGUUUAGUAUAAAGUGAAAAGCAUUUUUCCAGUAGAAAUCAAACAAAUAUUUGAAAUAUGUAAAAGGGGCACUGAAAAGAACAGUUUUUGCUUAGUGUAGAUCCUCUUCAGAAUUCAUCAGGGAUUGAAAGGAUCAGUUAUUUAUGGUUUAAGCAAAUAUUCGAUAUUUAAAACAGGAUUUAUUUUGAUUGAGUUUGAUUGAGAUUUUUUCCACAAGGACUCGUAAAUCCAACCAACGUUCCAGUCAUACUUGACUGUCGUCGCGCCGUCCACUCCAACUGUAGAUUCACCUGUGGAACAGUGGAGUCCACUGGGCAAAUACAGUGAAAUAACAAGGGUGGGCUGAUAGUUAUUUUUUUUAUCCAAUUUUUAAUCCUGGGGCUCCCAGGAUCAAAGAGCGACAACAGCCAUCGAGACAAUGUUCUUCAAAAGUCCUUUGAUCUGCUGGUGUUUAAGCGCCGUGACUGUUAUUAAUUGGUUUUGAGAAAGCAUGAUAUGCAAAAAAAGGCAUUAUCAUGCAAAUGUGUUAUAUUAGUGAUUAAGUGCUCCAAAGAUCUGUCACAUUUAGUCCAAAUCUUCAAGACAAUGGCUCAAACUACAACCCCCAGUUGGUGUACAUCAGUCAUAUUCAGGUCAGAUUUUGUAAUGAUGGUUGUAGUUUUUGAAUUACAAGCCUGGAAACAAAGUUUCUUUAUUAGCUUCCAUAGUUUUGUUCGAAAUAAAGUAUUGCCAAGACUUAAUGAGAUUUAAAAAAAAUAAAAAA